CUGUGUGCACAGCACCUCGGUACAAAGGAGGUUUGUAGACCACGAGGCAACGAGGCGCUGGGGCGGGUGGUUGCCUCGAGGCGUGCUCAGCAGCGGUCUUAACAACCGCCCGACAGCAAAAGCCUACCCAUAAGUAAAGUACAGUAUGCCAGGCUUCGGAGACUUCAUCAUCGGCCUAAUCCAGGCGCUCUGUGGAGGCCAAUCGUCGAAAGACCAGGCUCAGCAGAUUGACCAGCCUUACCAGGGCCGGCCUUCGGCUCCGGGCUAUACUGCGUAUCCUCCCCCGCAAGCGUCUCAGGCCGAGGCGCCACGACCUCCCGCCGAGGAGGAGAAACCCAAGCCACACCACAAGAAGAAGCACGAGAAGAAACCAUCCAAGCCAUCCCCGGAGCCUGUCCAACAGGCGCCAUUCGAGUCGCAUGUCAUCCCACCUGAGAAGCAUCACUCUGGGGACCCGAACCAGGUCAACCAACACAAUGAACACUACAUGUCGCUGCGUGCGCAGGCGAACGAGGCAGGCGACAAGAUGUCCAAGUGCUUCCAGGAGAGCCACGAAGCGUACUCGAACGGUAACGGCGCGCGCGCGAAGGAGCUCUCCAACGAAGGCAAGCGCAACGAGGCGGAGAUGCAGCGGUUGAACAAGGAAGCCAGCGAGUGGAUCUUCCAAGCCAACAACACGGAUAGCCAGCCCGGUGAGGUCGACUUGCACGGUCUCUACGUCAAGGAGGCGAUUUCCUUCUCGGACAAGGCCAUCAAGGACGCGCGUGCGCGCGGUGACGCUGAGAUUCGUCUUAUCGUUGGCAAGGGUCUUCACUCUGAAGGUCACGUCGCCAAGAUCAAGCCCGCGCUUGAGGAGUUGAUGAAACAGCACAACGUCCCCACCGAGGUCGACCCCAAAAACGCGGGGGUGCUUAUCGUUCACCUCGAUUUGUCGCGGUGAUGUAACGGUCGUGACUGAAACAACCAAUGAAGUCGAGGGUGUUUAUACCUGAAGGACGUGCUUGUAUACCAUUGCUUAUCUAUACGUUGUAUUGUGUCGUUUACGCUCAGGUGCUUAGCGAACAUCCGCGGCCCCGAGAUAUCGAGUAUUUACGAUUGCGCGGCUACCACGACGCGUUGUCUCAAUUGAAC